CUGUUGCGUGAUGGCGAUUCACAAUUCUUCCUUUCUACAAGCAUAACACAUAUCAACCAUGUUUCGCACAGCAGUUCGUCGCUUCGCUGCCACGGCCUUGCGCCCGGCCGAAUCGGUCGCCCAGAUGGAGGCACCGCAGCUUCAUGGAGUCGAGAUCUCAAAGGUCCAACGCAUCGCCCAGGAUGGCUUCAUUGAUGCCAUCGGAAAGACACCACUCAUCCGCAUGAAGAAGCUUUCAGAAGAGACGGGAUGCAAUGUUUUGGGCAAGGCUGAAUUUCAAAACCCUGGUGGCAGUGUCAAGGAUCGCGCUGCCCUUUACGUUGUCAAGGAUGCUGAAGAGCGUGGGUUGAUCAAGCCUGGUGGCACUGUCGUCGAGGGUACUGCUGGAAACACCGGUAUUGGACUCGCCCACGUCUGUCGCAGCAAGGGCUACAAGCUCGUCAUCUACAUGCCCAACACCCAAUCACAAGGAAAAAUCGACCUGCUUCGUCUGCUAGGUGCUGAGGUUUACCCUGUCCCUGCUGUCGCUUUCGAGAACCCCGACAACUACAACUGGCAGGCCAAGCGUCAUGCUGAGCGCCUCGACAAUGCUGUCUGGACCAACCAGUUCGACAACACUGCCAACCGUCGCGCACAUAUCGAGACCACCGGUCCUGAGAUCUGGAAUCAAACUGCUGGAAAGAUUGACGCCUUCACCUGCGCUUCCGGUACUGCUGGAACUAUUGCUGGUAUUACCCGCUACCUCAAGACUGCUAGCGAUGGCCGUGUCAAGUGUUUCCUCGCCGAUCCUCCAGGCAGUGUCCUUCACAGCUACAUCCAAUCCGGUGGUGAACUUACCGAACGCAAGGGAAGCUCUAUUACUGAGGGUAUUGGUCAGGGCCGUGUCACCGACAACUUGAAGCCUGACAUUGACCUCCUGGAUGGCUCCCUUCACAUUCCUGACGAGCAAAGUAUUGAAAUGGUCUAUCGUUGUCUGGAUGAGGAAGGUCUUUACCUUGGUGCUUCUUCCGCUCUCAACGUUGCAGCCGCCAGAAAUGUGGCUCAAAUGCUUGGUCCUGGACACACUGUCGUCACGAUUCUCUGCGAUGGCGCAUACCGCUAUGCCGACCGUCUGUUCUCGCGAAAGUGGCUCGAGAGUAAGAAGCUUGUUGAUGCUGUUCCCUCUCACCUUCACAAGUACAUUGUCCUGCCAUAGAUGGACCAACUACUCCUCAGACCAACGCCUCAGCAUUCUGAUAUCUAAAAUUGUACAUAUACCACGUUCUUACACGAUUGUAUUACCUUGGUGUCGCAAGAGUGUUACGUAUUCAACCGGUCAACCUUGUCAAUGCAUGACUGCAGCUGCACAACCUCUCACGUUUCACCUAGCUCAUAAGCAAGUGUUCUCGGAAGUAAGUCCAUAUGUGUCCAUUGCAUUUCGUCAUCAUUGAUAAUCCUUUUCCCCAAUGCCCAUCCAUUCCAUUUUUUCCAUCCCAAACCCCUUGCCAAUUAUCUGGUCCUAUGUUUUUGAGAACGUCAUCAACGGGAUAGAUGUUUUGUAACGUCUUUCUGCCGUCAUCAAAAAGAAAAUUUCAUAGGGGGCUUCGCAAACGUUAUUUGCAAAUGCAUCCCCCUGUUCAUAAGUGCAAUUAUAGUUUGCAUCUAAGACC